AUGGUGGGGACAGGCUCAAAACAGAAGCCUGUAAGGCGCCUAAAAACAGGCACCGAAACCACAAAAAACUAUCGAUUCGAGGGCUUUUCAUCACGCAUCUCGAAGCUCAAAAUCGACCCCAUCCACCGCGUGCGCCGCGCCAGUUUCGGCGAAGAUGAAGACGAGACAUCCUCAUAUUUCCGAGCGGCCCUCGAUCACUGGUUCGAAAUGAACCUUUCUGACAAUUUCACACAAUUCGUACGGCGUGUCAACCCUCUGUCCGAGAGCUUUGCGCAAGUCUUGUACCAUGAGGAAAAGAUCAUGGGGCUGUUGGUGGAGUUCAUUGAGAAGCGGGAUCAGCUUUGCAUGGAGCCGCUGCUGAGCUUGCUUGCGCAGUUCGCUCGGGAUCUGGGCGUCAAAUUUGAGAAGCAUUUCGCUACGGCGGUGACACUGGUGUCGUCCGUGGCAGCGACACAUGCGGACAUCGAGGUCGUCGAGUGGAGUUUUACUUGCCUGGCAUGGAUUUUCAAAUUCCUCUCUCGCUUAUUGGUACCGGACCUGCGACAAUUGCUGGGUAUCAUGACUCCAUAUCUCGGCAAAGAGCGACAGAAACCAUUUGUUGCAAGGUUCGCCGCUGAGUCCAUGUCAUUCCUCAUUCGAAAGGCCGGCCUUGCCUACUACAAGAACAAAGCGCCCCUCGAGACCGCCAUUUCAUUCCUUUUCGACGAUAUUUCGAAAGCCGCCGACGAUAACAAAGAUACCGAGAACUACAGGGAGGGUCUAAUGACCAUGUUCUCUGAUGCUAUUAGGGGAGUCAACAAUGGGCUUCACUCCAACGGCAUGGACAUCCUCAAUUGUCUUUUAUAUCAGCUCCCACCAACGAGUGAGAAUCAUAGCGAUCCUGCGGAGGUUGUAUACGGUCUGCUUGUCAGCCUUGUCCAUGCCACGACUCCCGAUACCUUUGCCCCCAUCCUCGACACGGCCAAGGCGUAUAUCGAAGAUCGAUCAACAGCAACACCGAACCCUAACCUUACCGAAUGCUGCCGUAUAAUGUUCCUUCUUGUGACAACUCGCAAGGGUGUCAGAAUCCAGAAUUGGAAGAUCGUCCAUCAAAUACAGGUGUCCCUGCUCCAGCAGGUGUCAGCGUCUGAUGUGCCGGUAAGCACGAUAUCACACCUCCUCACAAGCGUCGCAUAUGCUCUUCAAAUGUCCCCAAUGGACGAAUUACUACCUUUCCUUCGCCCUACCAUGGACCUGGUGUCCACAGGCCCUCUUUCCAAAUACUUCCUAUUCUUCUGCACGACAUUCUCCGAAUGGGGAUCAGAGCGAUUUCAGAGCUUGGUUCUUUCGCCCUUCCAAAAGUUCAUCAACUUGUCGUGGCAACAGUCGGAGUCGGAGACUUGCUUAACCUUGCUUCGCCUUCAUCAGGCUGGCUGCAUCACGCCGGAGGCCUCGCAGCCUGGCUACGUCUCCUGUCCAGAUGCCUUCAAGUCUCGCAUCACAGAUUCAUUGGUGUAUCCUGCCAAAGAUGAAGCAUUCCUUAAUGCGCUGGUCAAGCUCCCAACGGCUAUCUCUCUGUUUGCCACUCCUGCUACAUUGCCCAAGAUGGUUUCUCAGUUGCAUACCAAUCUUCUUUCCGCAUUCCAAGAUGCUGCAGCUGAAGGUGAGAGCGCCCAGUCCAAGGGCCUGACGUUCUUCCUCGGCCAGGGAUUCAAAACGUACGUCGAACUCGCCAAUAGAAUUGGAGAGCUCGAUUCGAGUCUCUUGAAACCCAUCAUCGCCACUGCCACAAAGUUCUCCCGCCUGCCAGUCUUUUUGGAGGGUGCUCUUGCUUUCAUCACCUCUCUCCCGGAGUCUGCGGAUCUCGAGCAUCCGACGCUGGAAGCCUUUGCUCAAGACCUGCUUGUGAACUUGGCAAGCCCAUCGCAUAGAUUGAGAUUGGUUUCUCUCCGACUUCUACGAGAACUAAUCAUUCGCAUUGCCAAAGACGAACCUUCACCUGUGGAACUGGCCAUCGAGGUUGAAGAGAGCCCACUGACAAUGGACUCCGUGAGAACCAUUUCUAUGCACAUUCGAAAGCUCGCCCUUCUCUAUCCUCAAAUUUCUCAGCGCAGAUGGAUGGCUACCUUGGUCCCUUACUUCUGUUUCGGCUUGUUCUCGAAGAAGUUGGCCCCACUGUGGGACGACUCUGCUGCUGCAUUGAAGACCAUUAGCGAGAACCCCCAGGGUGAGAAGAUCGUUUCCGACUUGUCCAUUCAGUGGCUGGCGGAGCGAGACACCGAUGCGCCCAGCGAGGCCCCCGCAGACGACGAUGAGAGCUCUUUCGUCAAGAGCCACUUCAAGUGUUUCAACGUUGCCAAGGUCGAAAAGGUUCUUGCUGCAAACACCAAGAGCACAGAAGAUCCGCAUCAGGUUCUGUCUCAGCAGUUCGAAGAAGACCACACUGUCGCAAACAUCCUCCCCGCUUGCCCGCGAACCCAUGCACUUCGUGUUCUCAACGCUGCACCGGGUGUUGCCGAAAAGCGCUCGCGCCAGAUCGUGCCAUUGUUCUUAUCCUGGGCGUUGCGUGAUGACCAAGAUGACGCUCCGACUGCCGAGGCCAAGGCUGAGGAUGCUGAGACCGGCGAUGUGCAGGUGCGGUGGGGCUUCAGGGAUCGUUUGUCCAUGCUUACCCUAUUUGCGCGUUUCCUCAACCCUAUUGUCUUGUUCAAGGCGCCCGAGGUCCAUGCAGCAGUGUUGGGCCUUUUGUGUCACGGUAACUCUGACUUGCAGAAGCAUGCCCUCAACGUUCUUUUCACGUGGAAAGAUCCCAAUGUGCUCCCGUAUCAGGAGAACCUACUCAACAUUUUGGAUGAGGCCAGAUUCAAGGAUGAGCUUGCUGUAUUCGUCCACGUCGGCAGUGAAGACAGUUUGAUUAAAGAGGAGCACAGAGCGGUCCUUCUUCCCGUGCUCCUCCGUUUGCUGUAUGGCCGAAUGAUUUCCAAGGCUGGCUCCGCCGCCGCCGGUCAAGCUGGCAGACGCAAGACCAUUCUCCGAACUAUCUCUCACCUGUCAGAGCACGACUUUGGACUUUUCAUGCAGCUCUCUUUCGGUCCUCUUGCAAAUGUGGGCAUCGUGAAAGACAAUGAAUACGAUCCGAGUGUCCUGCAGGAAGAGUUGACAAGCCCAAGGAGACAACUGGGUCUGCUUAAGCUCCUCGGCACUGUCUUUGAGACUCUGCAAACCCGCAUGACCGAGUUUGCAUCGCAAACGAUGGAUGUGGUUGUCUACUGCCUGGUGCGAGCAUGUCGGGCAAUCUACAACGAGGGUGGCGCUGAUGAACGCCUUCUGCCUGUGUAUCAAAACAUUCGCUCGGAGUGUAUCCGUUGUCUCAACUUGGUCUUCUCGAUUGUCCCUGACCAUGAUUGGACCCCUUACGUCCGCAUCAUAUUUAAAGAGAUGAUUGAUAGCAGACUUGAUCAGUUCCCUAUCGAGACAGCUCAAGGUGUUUCAGGGCUUCUACGAUUGUUCCAUACCUGGGCCUCUGCCCCGAGAUCGACAUUCUACUUGGUCCAGCACAAUGACAAGGUGUUGACCAAGGUUCUUGACUGUCUUGCAGUCGAGUCAGCUCGCGACGAAGUCAAGAACUUCAUUUUGGAUGAGAUUCUCGUGCCCCUGGUUGAGUUGUCUACCGGCAAAAAGAUGCAGGAAACCGAAGAGAUGCCCGACUUCCCAGCUGAGCAAAUCAAAUCCGAGGUCCUCUCCCCAUACCUUGAGCAUGGUCUGUUCCAUCUUGGCCGUCUGCUCAGAAGAGGUCCCUCAAAGCCUGUUCUUUACUCAGGAGUCAAUGCUCUCUCGCUGAUCGCCCCCUGUGUUGAAUCCUCCAAGGAAACCGAUGGCCUUGUGAGCAUUACAACAUAUCUGCUUCGUCAGCCUGCCGAUCGUGUCAGUCCCAGAACCAAGUCUGGACUGUUGAAGAUCCUCGAGCACUUUUUGCCCUUAUGGGACCCCAAGGCGGAUCCUGAGCUUGCUCAACAAGUCUUCGAAGCGGUUUGCUCCAUGUUCGAUUACUUCAAGGAUGACUCGAACAGAGAAGUGCUCUCUCGUGUCUUUGGUGCUCUUGCCACCCAUGACGAAGAUCUCAAGGUGGUGGCCGACUUGUGUGCCGAUUUGAACUCUCGCUCUGUCAAGAAGCUCGAACCUGAUUACGCGAGACGUUUGCAGGCUUUCCGAACAGUCAGCGAUGAUUUGUCUCAAAGUCUGAGCGCGAGGCAGUGGAGACCUCUUCUCUAUAACAUGCUCUUCCAUGUCAGGGACGAAGAAGAACUUGCUAUCCGAUCCAGCGCUGCUUUUGGCCUGAGACGCUUCAUCGAUCGGGCAUCCACAGAACCGGACGCAGAGUUCGAGACACUCAUUAACGAUGUUCUAUUCCCCUCUUUGCAAUACGGCAUCCGACAGAAGUCUGAACUCAUUCGGUCUGAAGUCGUUGCCGUCAUUGGCUACUUUGUCAAACUCAACCCCACUAGACCAUCCGUGCAGGAUAUGCAUGUGCUUCUAGUCGGCGAUGACGAAGAAGCUUCCUUCUUCAACAACAUCCUCCACAUUCAACAACAUCGCCGGCAGCGUGCAUUGCGACGUCUGGCUGCUGAAGCAGCUCAGGGUUGCAUUCAGGCCACGAAUCUGGGCACAAUUUUCAUUCCUCUGAUCGAACAUUUCGUCUUCGAGGAUGCUGCUGAUGAAAACGCCCACAACCUGAUUGCUGAAGGUGUUGCGACACUGGGUGCUCUCUCGGAGUGGUUGGAAUGGGGACAAUUCCGCGCAAACUUCCGCAGAUACCGCAGCUACAUGACAAGCAAGCCUGAAAAGGAGAAGAACAUUCUCAGGCUUCUGGGUCGCAUGUCCGAUGCGCUGUCCAGUGCAAUGAAGCGAAAGAAGGGAACCGAGAAAAAGCCCGAGGGUGAUACCGAUGAGAAAGAACCCGAGAAUGAUGCUGAUGAGAUGGAUAUUGUCGAGCAGCCCAUGUGCACGCUCGCCAAAAGCGUUCCUUCUCUUGCGAAGGUUGCAACGGAGCUUACCACGAACUUCAUUCCUUUCCUGACCAAGUACAUUCACCACAAGCAGGAGAAGGAGAUGAGUAUGCGUCUGCCAGCCUCGAUCACAACUGUCAAGCUUCUCAUGAUCCUCCCCGAAGAAGAGCUGGCCAUCCGCCUCCCGCCGGUCCUGUUGGAUGUCUGCACUACUCUCAAGAGUAAAGCACAGGACUCCCGCGACACUGCGCGCAAAACACUGAAUGAGCUUGCACUUCUUCUGGGUCCUGUUUAUUUCGGUUAUAUCUUGAAAGAGCUCCGCAACGUCCUCGCGCGCGGCUACCAGCUUCACGUUCUCUCUUUCACUGUUCACUCCAUGCUUGUGACAACCACUGAUCACUUUAAGCAAGGAGAUUUGGACUAUUGUUUGAAGGAAUUGGUUGCAGUCGUGAUGGAUGAUACCUUUGGUACAGUCGGCCAAGAAAAGGAUGCUGAAGGAUACACCAGCAAGAUGCAGGAGGUGAAGAGCAGCAAGAGCUAUGACUCUAUGGAGCUUCUUGCGAAGAUCUCUACUAUCAGCCAAUUGUCGAACCUGGUUCGGCCUCUGCAGGCGCUUCUAUGUGAGAAGCUCAACUCGAGCCUCGUCAAGAAGCUUGAUGAACUUUUACGAAGAAUCAGCAUUGGUCUUUUGAGAAAUCCUGAUGCCGAAAGUCGCGAUAUGUUGGUCUUCUGUUACGAGGUCAUCCAAGAGGCCUACCGGGACAAUGCUCCCGAAACGAAAGAGACUGCGCCCAAGACCAGGUACGAGGAGCGGUUCUUGGUCAGGUUGCAAGGAGCCAAGCGUGGCGAGCACAGGGGCACGACAUCUUCUCAUGUUUACAAGCUGACCCGUUUCGCGAUGGAUGUGCUUCGUGCGAUUCUCAACAAGUUCAGUGUGUUGAUGACGGCUUCCAACUUGUCCGGUUUCAUUCCCAUCAUUGGUGAUGCCAUCGUCCAAGCACAGGAAGAAGUCAAGGUUUCUGCUCUCCGGUUGUUGUCCACCAUCAUCAAGCUUCCGCUGCCAGAGAUUGACGAGAACUCGCACGUAUAUUUCACUGAAGCAGUCAAGCUUGUGAAAGAGUCUCCUAGCACCAACUCCGAAGCCGCGCAGGCUUCUUUGAAGUUGAUCUCCACCAUGCUGCGUGAACGGAAGAACACCAAGCUCCGUGAUGGUCAUCUUGCUUACCUGCUCAAGCGCUUGACUUCCGACAUUGAAGAGCCGGAUCGCCAAGGUGUGACUUUCAACUUCAUUCGCGCCGUCAUGUCUCGCAAGCUCGUUGUGCCCGAAAUGUACGAGCUGAUGGAUCACAUCGCCACCAUGAUGGUGACCAACCAGACUCGAUCUGCCCGGGAUCUCGCCCGAGGCACCUACGUUCACUUCCUGAUCGAGUACCCGCAGGCCAAGAGUCGCUGGACCAAACAGCUCGCUUUCUUCGCCAAGAACCUGGAUUACGAGCACCAGUCGGGACGACAGUCGGUCAUGGAAGCCAUACACACGCUUCUUUCAAAGACUGGACAGGAGUUGGCUCAGGAUAUCAUCAGCACCUUCUUCCUACCUGUUGUCCUUGCUAUGGCGAAUGAUGAGUCGCCAGAGUGCCGCGAGUUGGCCGGCACAUUGCUAGGAGACAACAUGGCUCUCUGCAGCAUUGGAUUGCAGGCCAUGCGGAUUUACUUUGAUGCCGAGCAGCCUGGGCAAGAUAAAGAGGCCCGCUUUGUUGUUGAAAUCCUCCCCGAUCUGAUGCAGCCCGUCCUUGAUGACCACGAGAACGGCAACUGGGAAGCGCUCUACUUCGCCUUGCAGCUCUUCACGAAGCUUUGCAAGACGGCUUCCACUCUCGCAUUGAGCCCUGAAUGCGCCUCCAUCUGGACGUCGGUUCAAGAGUCUUUGUUCUUCCCUCACGCCUGGGUGAAGACCUGUGCCGCAAACCUCGUGGGCUUGUGGCUGGCUGAUCUGGCCAAGACGAAUGCCGCCGCUGGUUAUGCCUCCUUGCCUCUGGCUGGCAGCUCCGGUCUUGUCCUGGACAAGCCGGCCAUGCUGCAGCUUCUUCGUGCCGGUCUCCGCAGUCUGCGUACACCAGGCAUCUCCGAGGAACUCGCGAUGCAAAGUGUGCGCAACGUUGUUUUCCUUGGCCGCUGCUGUUCUCAAAAUGGGCUGGAACUUCCCAAGCUGGCAGGCGGGGAUGUCGUAUCAGAAUCUGAAGACGAGGAUGAGGCUAGUGGCAGUGAAGCCGAAGAGGAAACCGAAGUAGUCAAGGUGGAACGCAACAGAUCUGCCAUUCACUACGUCUUUAAGCAGAUUUCCUCCCUGCUGCGUCGCGAAACUAUCUCCGGCCGAGCAAAUGCGCUUAUCCCCAAAACAGCUGCUAUCACGCUCCUUGCUGCGCUCAUUCGCCAUGUCGAGGUUGACCAGAUCCACGAGACUUUCCAGAAUACUUACAAAUCUCUCGUCUCCAACUGUCACGAGGUCUUGGAUUUACUACAAAAGAAACUCGGCACCACCGAGUACGUGGAUCAGAUCUCUCGUGUUCAGGCGGCUAUCAAGGAACGCCGCGAAGGACGACGGGCUAAGCGUCGCAUUGAUGCUGUUGCCGACCCGGAGAAGUACGGACGUGAAAAGAUGAAGAAGAACGAACGGAAGAGAGAGAAGCGCCGUGAGAAGGGCUUGGAGCACCGUGGAAAGAGACGCGGUUGGUAG